AUGAUCCUGCAGGAUGUGAUGACGUCUUCCAGUGUGGUGCAGUCCUGUGCAGACGUCAAAGGGUUGUUCUGCUCCAACAUUUCCCAGUCAAGAGCAGGGGGUCCUGUGCAGCCUGUCCUUAAGGUUUUCCCCAAGACUCAACAUGGCAACCGCAAGAGGGCAUUCAAUGAGUUGUGGUACAGAGACUACACAUGGUUGGAGUACUCCAUCACUGCCGAGACUACAACAACCACAGCUGCCGAGACUACAAGAACCACAGCGGCCGAGACAACAACCACAGCUGCAGACACAACAACCACAGCUGCAGACACAACGAACACAGAGGCCGAGACCACAACCACAUCUGCCAGGAGCACAACCACAUCUGCCGGGACCACAAGCACAUCUUCAGACACAACAGCCACAGUGGCCAAAACUACAACCACAGCAGCCAAAACUACAACCACAGCAGCCAAAACUACAACCACAGCGGCCGAAACCUCAACAACAGUGGCCGAAACUACAACCACAGCUUCCGUCUCAACAACUACAGCUCCCGAAACAACAACAACAGCAGCCAAUACAAGCACAGCUGCCGAGUCAACAACCAUAGCUGCCACAACAAUAACAACUUCCAUAACAGCAACUACAUUUGCUGAAACAACAACCUCAGCAUCCGAAACAGCAACUACAGCUCCUAAAAUAACAACCGCAGUGGCCAAAACAAUAAUCACAGUUUCUGAGACUACAAGUACAGUGGCUGAGACUACAACAACACCUGCCAGAAUCACAACCACAGCAGUCUCUCCAACCGCAGUAGCUGACUCAACAACCACAGUGACCAAGAUAACGACCAUAGGGGUCGAGACAACAACCAAAGCAGGCGAAACAGCAACCACCGCACCGACACCGACCACACACGUUCCUGCAACAACUACAGCUACUCUAACAUCAUCAACAUCUUCAGCAGCAAUAACCAGAGCUACUACAAAGAGAUACGUCAUCUUCAGAUCCCUUCAGAGCAGUUUUACAGAGGACUUGUUGAAUCAAUCAUCUGCAGCCUUCAACAGUCGAUCGUCUUCAAUAAAGGAACAGAUUGAACCUGCUUACAGGCUUGCGUUCCCUUCUGUCUUUGUCUCUCUGGCCGUGGUGGCGUUCAGGCAGGGAUCAGUCGUCAACACCAUGGAACUCCAGUUUGUAAACUCAUCCGUUCCUAAUGACACUCAGAUCAAGGAUGUUUUGAUUAGUAUGACUUUAAAAGUCAAGGGCUUUGACAUAGAAAAUUCAACCAUUUCAGUCAGUGACACAUCUGCAGCAACAACUACCACAGUUACCCCAUCAACAACCACACCGGCAGAAACAGCCAUCACAUCUGCAGGAACAAAUACCACAGCAGCUCCAACCACUAUGACAACUGAGAAAACAACUACUGCACCUGUUCAAGUUUUUCUGUUUUUACAGUUCCUUGAACCAUAUGUACCUGAACUCAAUGACCCCAGCAGCAGUGUGUACAAAGAUCGCGAAAGACGGGUUAAAGAGACGUGUGAUAGAAUAUACCACCCAAAAUUUCCUUACUACAUUGGUGCCGUUCUGAUUAAGUUCAGUGUUGUUACAGUCCAAACACGAGUGGAUAGAACUGAGGCAAAGUUGGAGCUUGUGUUCAAUCAAACAGCUCCCAAUGCAAAAGUCCCAGAGAACAAUGUCAUUGUUCAAACUUUAAAAGAUGCUAUUCAGAAUUCCAGCAUCAAUUUCACCAUCACCAUAUUUCCUGACACAGUAUCAGUAACUUCUGUUCCUGUCAAUGUCACGACUGCUGCACCAGCAACUACCAAUUCCACGACUGCUGCACCAGCAACUACCAAUUCCACGACUGCUGCACCAGCAACUACCAAUUCCAUGACUGCUGCACCAACAACUGCCAGUUCCACUAUGGUUGCACCUACAGCUUCCCUACCUGCAACUGCUAUAUCUACUGCAUCAACUGCAACUUCGGGUGGAGCACCUCACAAGAUUAGUCCCAGCACUGCUUUCAUCUUGGUGCUGUUGUUAUGGCUUCUACCAAGUCAGCAAUAGCAUCUGUGCUGGUUUCCAUGUGGAUGACCAAGCAAACAACUCUGCCAAGUUGAACUCUUUCACUGAUAUAAAAAAAAGGGAUUUGAGGUACUUUAAGAUAUUCCCAUCCAGUUUUUUUCUACUGGGUAAAGCAAAAUCCUGACUACAUACAUGUGUUAAGGCGUGUUUUUUUUGCUUGUGAAGGAAUGAGUCAGAAACACUUUAGUCCUCAUGCAAAAGAAUUUAUAUAUAUAUUGAAGAAUCAGAAAAAUCACAUGUACAUGGCUCCUCUCAGCUCGGAAAAUCGCAGUCUGCAAGCAGUUAGCUGCAACCAACCUUACUGAGAAGAGUACUUCCUCUAAGCUAACCUAACUUUUUAUUUCACUGCUACUCACAACCCUAUUGGUUCAAAAAGGCAUCACCAGCUGAGCUAAUGCACAUGAUCCCACCCAAUUGUCAGGUAACAACCCCCUAACUUACCAUCCCCACAUAGCCACCAGCAAGGGCGUAACUUUGGGUCCAACAUUGGGGGGGUUAAGCUCUCUGCCUAUUUAUUUAUUUAUUAAAUCAUUUACUUUUCUAAAAGGAUUCAGGAGAUUUUGGGUUAAUUAGAAAUGUAUUAGAAAU